UCUCAGACCGCGCGCGCCCAGCUCCGCCCGCAGGGUCUCGCGGACACGCAUACUGAGCGGUCUCGGUACAUCCGGGUCAUCCCGGCUGAUGUACCGGAGGCGGGAGAGCAGCGCGUGCUGCUGUUUAUCUGCGCGCGGGUUCUGCUGACUCUCCGCUCGCGGCUGAAUGCGGGAGGAUGCGCGCGCUGGAGGAGAUCCACGAGGGCGGGUGCAGCGCGAACGCACGCGCGCCACAUUCACACUCUUGUGCAGCCACACCGGGAGGGUCCGCCCUGCCACGCGCUCUGGACGCUCCGGACCCGAAUCUGCGGAGCUGUGAAGGUUAAAGGUGUGCUCGGUGUGUGUGAUGGGAGAUGAUGUUCCUCCAGCUGGCUGUGCUGCUCAGCUUGGUGCUGGGGACUCUGCUGUACCUGCUGACUCACUCAGUGCACCUGGACAGGCUGCAGCCCAUGUGCCCGGUCGAGAGCAGAGCACCCCCUGCUGGUGAUCCAGUUCAGUUCCCUUUCCCACCUCUGCAGUAUAAACGGGGUCUCCUUCACAAACUGCGCAGGAGCAACGCAACUACAGGGCGCCUGAUCCAGCAGUUGCCUCACGCCGUCAUCAUCGGGGUCCGAAAGGGUGGUACUCGCGCCCUGCUGGAGAUGCUGAACCUCCAUCCCGCCGUGGUCAAGGCUUCGCAGGAAGUCCACUUCUUCGACAAUGACCAUAAUUACGGCAGGGGCGUGGCCUGGUACCGCCGCAGGAUGCCCUUCUCCCUUCCCGGCCAAAUUACCAUCGAGAAAAGCCCCGCCUACUUUGUUACAGAGAAGGUCCCUGAACGGAUUUUCAGGAUGAACUUGUCCGUAAAGCUGCUGGUCAUCGUACGCGAACCGACGACCCGCGCCAUCUCCGACUACACGCAGGUUCUGGAGGGAAAAGAGCGCAAGAACAAAACGUACCACAGCUUCGAGACGCUGGCCGUCGACUCCAGCACCCGAGAGGUGAACACCAAGUACAAGGCUGUCCGCACCAGUGUCUAUGCCAAGCACCUGGAGCACUGGCUGGAGUUUUUCCCCGUCCAGCAGUUCCACGUGGUGGAUGGAGACCGGCUGAUUACAGACCCGCUACCCGAGCUUCGCCUGGUCGAGCGCUUCCUGAACCUUGCACACGGGAUCAGCCGGGACAACCUGUACUUCAACUCCACGCGGGGCUUCUACUGCCUGCGCUUCAGCCGCCGCUUCAGCAAGUGCCUGGCGGGCAGCAAAGGCCGGCCACACCCGGACGUGGAUCCGGCCGUGCUAGACAAACUCAGGCACUUUUACCGCCCGUUCAACCAGAAAUUUUACCAGAUCACCGGGAGGAAGUUUGACUGGCCAUGAGGGAGUAAACCUUGGGGGGAUGGAGGUUGUCCGCUAGGGGGCAGAAGGGCAGAGCUCUACUGCUUACCACAAGCGUGGGGAAAAAGAAACAUCACCUGGUCUGGAAAACUAUAACUUUUUUUUUUACUAAAUAUAUGAUUUAUGCUUGUAAAAUUAACAGAAAGGUUCAGAAAAAUGACCAUGUAAGAAGUAAAAGGCUUAAAACAAAUGAGGGAAGCAUUUGAUGUCUGUAAACAACUGUGUACUUAUACGGAAACUAAAAUACUGAGAGAUAGAAAAUGAAAAUGUGACUAAACGUGAA